AUGUACAGGGCUAAGAGGGCUGCUUCGCUCAAAGCAAAGCGCCGCGUUGGCAAGUAUGAGCUCGGACGCACCAUUGGGGAAGGAACAUUUGCAAAGGUCCGGAUCGCCAAGAACAUGGAGAACGGGGAUCAUGUUGCUAUCAAAAUUCUUGACAAGGCAAAGGUUCACAAGAACAAACUAGCUGAACAGAUUAGAAGGGAAAUCUGUACAAUGAAGUUAGUACAGCAUCCCAAUGUUGUUCGCCUGUAUGAGGUGAUGGGAAGUAAAACAAGGAUUUACAUUGUGCUGGAGUUUGUUAUGGGUGGAGAGCUCCAUGAUAUCAUUGCCACAAGUGGAAGAUUGAAGGAGGAGGAAGCACGUAGAUACUUUCAGCAGUUGAUCAAUGCUGUAGACUAUUGCCACAGUAGGGGUGUAUACCACAGAGACUUGAAGCUAGAGAAUCUGUUACUUGAUGUUGCUGGAAACCUCAAGAUUUCAGAUUUCGGGUUAAGUGCUUUAUCAGACCAAGUGAAGAAUGAUGGAUUGCUGCAUACUACAUGUGGAACACCUAACUAUGUUGCUCCAGAGGUUAUUGAUGACAAAGGCUAUGAUGGUGCCCUUGCUGACCUUUGGUCUUGUGGGGUGAUCCUUUUUGUGCUGCUCGCAGGAUGUCUGCCUUUCGAGGAUGACAACAUCGCAUCCCUUUAUAAAAAGAUCUCAGAAGCUCAGUUUACAUGUCCAUCUUGGUUUUCUGCUGGAGCAAAGAGGCUGAUCAACAGAAUUCUGGAUCCUAAUCCUUCCACUCGGAUUACAAUUCCUCAAGUACAAAAAGAUCCAUGGUUUAAAAAAGGUUACAAGCAACCUGUUUUCGAUAAAACAUUUCAAGCUAGCCUAGAUGAUGUUGAUGCUGCCUUUGGAGACUCAGAGGAACAUCAUGUGAUUGAGGAAAUUGAAGGGCAACCAGCCUCGAUGAAUGCAUUUGAAUUGAUUUCAAUGAACAAAGGGUUGAAUCUGGAUAAUUUUUUUGAAUCUGAUAAGAAGUACAAGCGAGAAACACGAUUCACAUCACAGUGUCCUCCGAAAGAAAUCAUCAAUAGAAUAGAAGAAGCUUCUAAGCCACUUGGGUUUGAUGUCCAAAAGAAAAAUUACAAGAUGUUACUGGAAAACCCAACAGCAGGAAGAAAAGGAAAUCUUAAUGUUGAGACUGAGGUUUUCCAAGUGGCUCCAUCGCUUCAUGUGGUUGAGCUCAAGAAGGCAAAGGGAGAUACUCUGGAGUUUCAAAAUUUCUACAAAACUCUGUCCACGGAGCUGAAGGACGUCGUUUGGGCGUGUGAUGAUGAAAUCGAAGACAGAAGCUCCUCGCCAUGA